AUGGGUCACGCCCUCUUCGCUCCUUUUUUCGCAAAAUGGGUUGACAAGCUUGCUCUCCAGAACGAUGCUAUUAUCAUUUCUCCUGAUUAUAGGCUCCUACCUUCUGCGAAUGGCUUGCAGGAUAUUCUUGAGGAUGUGGAAGAUGGGUGGCAGUGGAGCAAGAACCAGCUCCCUGCUAUUAUGAGGGAGAAGUUUCCGGGUAUUGAGUUGGAUUUUGGAAGGACUAUGCUUGUCGGUGGCUCAGCUGGCGGCUACUGUGCAACCCAACUCAGUCUCUCUCACCCAGACGAGUUCAACUCCCUCGCCCUAGUCUAUCCUCUAAUCGACAUCGACGACAGGAUAUUCACAACAGGACCCCACCCAGACGAACCCAACGUUCUACGCUUCCCUGACGAAGAUGUCCUCCCUAAGGAAGAGACUCUAGCCUGGAUCGAGAAAGUCCGUCAAACGCCUGCAUCAAGGGCUGGUUUUGAACGAACACCAUUCGCCGUAUCUGCGUGCCAAAACGGGAUCUUUGCUUCGCAUCUCCUUGAUCCUAAGGGUUUAAACAAAGACGAGUUUCGACCACUGAACAGAAUCGAGGCCGGUGCUAAGCUUUCUAAAUCAAUGUGGAUCAUGCAUGGUGAUGAGGACUCAACCGUUCAUAUCCGCGCAUCUGACAAGUUUGUCAAGCUGGUGGGUGAGAAAUUGCCUGAGACGAAGGUUCGAUAUGAUGUUGUUCCCAGGGAAGAUCAUGGUUUUGAUUUUGAUGAGAAGAGAUGGGAGUCGUUUGAGGCGGAGGCACUGGACUUUGCUGCCAAAGCUUGGCUGGCCUGA